GAAUUUUUCCAGGUAUGCUCGAGCCAUAGUGGACUUGUCUCUCUGACCGUCAGCAUCAAAAGUUCUCAAGAUUUGAAGUGAUAAUCGACAGAGUUAAGUGCUGCCACUAUAAUACAUGCUUGUUAGCAAUGAGCAACUCCAACACGGGCAACCUUCCUCAGCCCACCACUGUCUCAACUGUGGUGCCACGCUCUCCAAGCCGUGAUUCCUUUGCCACGGAUUUGUCUCUAAUGUCUUUGUCUAGUCUUGGUUCUGAGGUAAGCCGAAUGAGGAGCGGUUUAAUGAGAAAUUCAAGAAACGGCGAAGGACCUGAUGAGUCACUAAGACAAAGUCCUCAACCUGCAGAGAUGAUGUGGGGGCGUUCAGGGGCUAGAAGUAGUCGAGGAGCCAGAGGUUGUUUACUUCAAGUUCCUUCGGAGAAGCAUAGACCUGUCACAAAGAGAACAAUAUCAGGGGAAGUGCUUUUCGAAGAAGAGUCUGAGGCGAUCCGUAAUUGCGGGGCACUUUCAUCCCUUUUGGGUCUGAUGAAGAGUUUUAGCACCACGGAUAUAGCACAUGUUACAUCAGAAGAAAAUGAAUCCCUACGACCAAGUACGUCGGAGAUCGCUCUUUGUGACUGGGGACAAUUCGUGUUUUCCAGUACACGUUUGGAUCCCGCUUCUCGUUCCUUGUCCACUUGGGUUGCUGUCGGUGAUGUGGCCUCGUCUUCUUACAUGGCUUCACCACAACCUCAACUCUCACUUGGCGGAGCUACUUAUCCCGUCAUUACUCCAGCCGAGAUGAUCCGUUCUGUCAAUAAGAAGGUUAGACAAAGGUAUAUUCGGCGGAGGGUUUUAUCCACAUACAAAGCUUUAGAGAGGUUAACACAUAGCGAGAUCAAUCUCUUAAAUAAAUCCCAUCAACAAGAUACAACUACUGGAGUUCCUCAAGUACAAAUAUCCACAGACCUUGAUCAUUGUGUACCCAGCGAGGUCCAAAUCCCAUCAUUUGGCAUCAGAGGACCUAAUAGGAAUGUCACCCUCACAGUUAAAGAUAUAGACAAGGAGAAGGGAAGGCCACUAACCAAAUAUGAACGUAACAUGAUGAUAUUUAGUUGGUUGCAGAAUUUAGAAGAAAACAGCUUUGAAGUAAGUUAAUGUAGAACAGAUAUAUAUAUACAUUUCUUUUGUCUUCAAAACGAGCUUCGAAAUGUAUUUCUGCAACUGUACCUCUUUUCAAUAUGUAUUUUCUGCAAGUUUAUCAUUGUAACCAGAAGAAAUGUGGGGAAAAUGUCGGAUUCCACUUGUUUCGCUUUAAGUCUUUAUUGUACAUUAUCAUCUAACACUGUCUUACAAUUGUUUGUACUUACGUAAGCCUAUUUUGGCAAGAUUUUGAGAUGAAAAUAAAAAUCACGACACCAUCGUUUCACGUGCACAAUAAAUUUGUAUAAAAUUU